GCGCUCCGAAGGCGAGGGAUGCCCGGCGGCUUGGGCGCGGGGCUCGCCUUUGUCUGCGCGUAACCGGCACAGGCCGCGGAGAUGGGGAAACUGAAAGCUGGUAUGGGUGAAUGGCUGAGUCUCCCAUGCCUAGGGAUAAACCCAAAUUCUGCCCCCUUCUGCAGCUCCUCAGAACAAUAAAAACAAAACUUGAGUCUUGUGAUUGGACUCAGCUCUGCUUCGAGCCAGCACCUCCCUCAGUUCCCAUGGGGACCACGGAAGCCACGCUCCGGAUGGAAAACGUGGACGUGAAGGAAGAAUGGCAGGACGAAGGUCUUCCGAGGCCACUCCCGGAAGAGACGGGGAUGGACCCGCUUGGCAGUCCCACGGAAGACACGUCCUCCCCUCCCAACACAUUGAACUUCAACGGAGCUCACGGUAAGCGGAAGACGCUGGUCGCCCCCGAGAUCAACAUUUCGCUGGAUCAGAGCGAGGGCUCCCUGCUGUCUGACGACUUCCUGGACACUCCUGAUGACCUGGACAUCAACGUGGACGACAUCGAGACCCCGGACGAGACCGACUCGCUGGAGUUUCUGGGGAACGGCAAUGAGCUGGAGUGGGAAGACGACACGCCCGUGGCCGCCGCCAAGAACAUGCCCGGGGACAGCGCAGAUCUGUUCGGGGACGGUGCGGCCGAGGAUGGCGGGGCCACCAACGGGCGUCUGUGGCGGACGGUGAUCAUCGGGGAGCAGGAGCACCGCAUCGACCUGCACAUGAUCCGACCCUACAUGAGGGUGGUGACCCACGGAGGGUACUACGGCGAGGGCCUCAACGCCAUCAUCGUGUUUGCUGCCUGCUUCCUCCCGGACAGCAGCUCCCCCGACUACCACUACAUCAUGGAGAACCUCUUCCUGUACGUCAUCAGCAGUCUGGAGCUGCUGGUGGCAGAGGAUUACAUGAUCGUCUACCUGAACGGAGCCACCCCCCGGCGGAGAAUGCCUGGCAUCGGCUGGCUGAAGAAGUGCUAUCAGAUGAUCGACAGGAGGUUGCGGAAAAACCUCAAGUCCCUCAUCAUCGUGCACCCCUCCUGGUUCAUCCGCACCGUGCUGGCCAUCUCCCGGCCUUUCAUCAGCGUCAAAUUCAUCAACAAGAUCCAGUACGUGCACAGCCUGGAGGACCUGGAGCAGCUCAUCCCCAUGGAGCACGUGCAGAUCCCCGAGUGCGUGCGACAGUACGAGGAGGAGAGGCUCAAGGCCAGGAGAGAGAGCGCCAGGCUGCCGCCCGAGUUCGUCCUGCCCAGGUCUGAGGAGAAGCCGGAGGCGGCGCCGCGGGAGGACAGACCCAAAAGAAGAAAUUGUAGGAAGCCAUGGAUGGACGGACAGACAGACAGGCGGACUGAUGGCUGGCAUGUCCUGAGGUGACAAGACUACAGAGAAGGACAAGACAGAAGAUUCCAGAUGCCAAGAAACCUCUGUCAGCCGCCCUCUGGCCCUGGACCGCAUCCCCGCCUUGUCCUGAUGCCCCGUCUCUGGGGGGGCCCGUCUCCUCCAUCCAGCUCUGAAACCCAGCUUCCGUUUAAGCCACUUGAAAACGUUUUUGUUUGCUUUUGUUUUUAAACAACGCAGUAUCUGUGUGUUCCAGAAAAGGACCUGGGUCUCUGCCCUCCACACUCCUGAGCUCGUGGCCGAGAAGAGCCAGAAGCUCAGGGCGUGGCCCGUGUGCCCUCGACGGCUUCAGAGACCCCCCCCCCCCUCACUGCACAAAGUCCUGGUUCAAGACCCUUCUCUCGCUUGUCACCUGGCCCACCCUGGAACCUCGGAUGUCCACCAGCUCCUUGGCCGGAUCUGGACUCGCUCUUGUGCCUUUUCUCCUAGAAUGACCCCUCCCUGCCCCCCGCAGCCCUGGGCACGUGGCCCAGAAGUUCAGCCUCCGCCCCCACUCCAGCAGCGUUGUGCCCCGGGGACCUCCUGUCCGUCCACCUCAUGGAUUCACACUCGACCAGCUCCCUUCCCCUUCAUCUCCGUCUUUGGGAUUAAUGGCAUCCACGGCACAUGCGAGCUGCUGAGAAUUGUCCCUGCCCUACAGUUACAAACCCGCCUCCCACCUUCUAGAACAUUCUCAAGCCCCUUUAAUGGAUGCCACACCACAGGGCAAUCCUGAUCAUUACCCCCUACUGAGGGAAUGAAGUGUCCCCACUUUCCUGAUGCACCCCCUCCAACACAAGGUUGGGAUGAGCCCCUCGGGUUUCCCACCAAGGGAAACGGGCUCUGAGCCGCGAUAAAGGAAGGAAGAUACAGCUGGUUGUAGGUUUUCAGUGUUUUGAAGUUCACUUGGGAAAAUAAGUCCCAGUGGGCUGGAUGCCACAGAGACCUGCAAAGGAGGCAAAUGUACCCCGGACGAACGACAGACUUUUCUAAUGCGGUCCACACACCUGUCAGGCGGCCUUUAGAGGUAGUGAGUUCCCCAUCUGUGGAGGCAUUCAAGACAAGGCUGGAAAGGGCUUGCAGAAUGUGGUCCUCUGCCGUCCCCUCCCAUCCCAAGAGUUUCUGUUUCUAGAAAUCUGAGCAGAAGUUGGUGGGCACCAUCUCAGGACCCUCUUCUUGGCCUGGUCACUGGCUGCCUAGUGGUGCCCUGGGUAUGAGGCUCUUGGCCUGGGGGUCCUGCAUGUCGAGGGGCCUGUCCCAGCCCAACACCCAAGGCUCCGCCUUGAAAACGCUGAGUCUCUGAGCCGAGUCAGGCCCGCAUCUUCUGAGUCGGCGCCGCUCUGCCCUGGGAAGGCCGGGGUGCCUGGGCCAGGGGGGCUUUUACGUGUGUGUUUCCGCCGUUUCCAAAAUGUUAAACAGAAGAUGGGACCGUGUUCCAGGCCCAGGCGUGUCCCCUGGAGCAGGAGGUGGCAGAGGCCAGCGGAUGGGCCUCUCCAGGCUGCCCCCCCCCCCAUUCUGCCUGUCGCCAGGCCGCCCAGAACUCCAGGCCCGGAAGGCGGGCUCUGCGCACCCGGGGCCACACGUGGCCUCCGUGAACACAGCAACUGGGGCGGAGGCUGGAACCUGGCUGCAGGCUGAGCGCCAGGAACCGCUGCCGUAUGCCCAGGGAACGGUCACCGAGCGCCUGCACAAGCAGGUGACAGAGGGACAGACAGGCCAACCCCGGCCACUGGGACGCGCCUGCAGCCACACGAGAAAUUCCAACAGGUUCCCCGUGGCCCGCCCGCCGCCCCCUGGACCACCAGCAGCCACAGCCGGCGGGCAGGCGGGCCGAGGACCCCAGCUCGGCCGCGGCGGCCCCUCCAGGACAGAGAGGCCCUGGGGAGGCUGUCGCCAGGCGUGAGAAGUCCCGCCGCGUCCCCGCGGGCUGCUGCCCGCAUCUCUGAGCGGCUUUGCGAAAGAUGUGUGUCUCCAGGGCAGUUCGGCCAAGAUGUGAGGGACCCUGAGCCCUGGUCACGAAGGGACAGCGGCUUUUCCUCCCAUGACACCAGGAUGUGUCCUCAGACGCAGCUCACACGCCCACCGUAAGGACGGCCAGUUUGUGGUUUUCAAACACAAAGCGAGUCGUUAUGGUUCCUGCCGUGAGGCUCGGACAUCAUUUCCGUGGGCUUUGGGGGCUUUAUGUGGAAAUAAAGACGCGGCAGCUGAGAA